CAAGAAACUCGAAUAUUAAACGCGAUUAAGGCUUACCGCGAUGGCCAAAUCAGCAGCGUUCGCCAAGCCGCCAUAUCCUUCAAGGUCCCCAGAUCAACACUUCAAGACCGAAUCAACAACGUUCCUACCAGAAAGACCGCCCACGAACACCAACAACGCCUCACAGUUAAAGAGGAAGACUCUAUCGCUAAGUCAGCCCGCUUGAUGGCGUCCUGGGGGUGGCCUAUGACGAUUACCGCUAUCCGCGCCUUCGCAACCAAUCUCCUUGAGUCCAAGGGC